CUAGAAUGUUAGCGGGUGCUGCAAAUCCCAGUUCUCCAUGAAAAGAAACACAUGCCUCAGCUUCUUCUCUCACAUUCCAUCUUUCCACAUUGCCGCUCUGCAAGCCUUUCCCGAAACAACUAAAGGAGUGCAACAGUUAAGGCAGUAGUCCGAAGACACUUUCAGCGUUUGGGUGCACAUCAAAGGUCAUGGAGCGAAAUGGCUCGUCCAGAUCAUUGAAGAGGAACAUCCUCGCCGUUGUGACAGCUGUGUCAUGGGCCAACUUGGUGGCAAUCGCUGUUGCAUUCAACAGCGCGGAGUAUGCCAGUGCUCUGGACAAGUCCCUCCUCUUCUACGAUGUUCAGCGCUCCGGAAAGCUUCCUCCCUGGCAGCGCAUCAAAUGGAGAGCAGACUCUGCUCUGGACGAUGGAAAAGCCGAGAAGAUGAAUCUCACGGGUGGUUAUUACGAUGCUGGCGAUAAUGUCAAGUUCGGGCUGCCCAUGGCUUUCUCUAUUACUCUUCUGGCCUGGAAUGUGGUGGAGUUCGGCGACAACUUGCAAUACACUGGACAGCUUCAAAAUCUUUUGAACAACAUCCGCUGGGGAACAGACUAUUUGCUGCGGUGCUACUCUGAUUCUGAAGAACUCUGGGUGCAGGUCGGUGAACCGAAUGCCGAUCACCAAUGCUGGGAGAGACCCGAAGACAUGGACACACCGCGAACGGCCUACAAGAUCGAUUCCGACAAUCCGGGAUCUGAUGUAGCAGCUGAGACUGCUGCUGCGUUUGCCGCAGCGUCCAUGGCUUUCCGUCGUGCAGACGUCGCCUAUUCCAACACACUCAUUCUUAGCGCAAGGCGGAUCUUCAACUUUGCUGACAAUUACAGAGGCAAAUAUAGUGACAGUCUCGCUGGAGCUGUUUGCCCCUUCUAUUGCUCCUACUCUGGAUACAAGGAUGAGCUUGUGUGGGGAGCGGCUUGGCUGUACAAGGCAACCCGCCUAGACCUCUACCUUCAAUAUCUCAUCACAAAUGCAAACUCCUUGGGGGGUGCGACCGUGACAGUGAAUGCGUUCAACUGGGAUAACAAGUAUGCAGGAGCGCAGUUACUUGUCGCUCAGGAAAUUCUUACGGGAACACAAGGUCUCCAGCAAGGCUAUAAAGACCGCGCCGAUGGCUACAUCUGUCAAGUAUUGCCCUCGUCAAUUAGUCCGGCGUCGACGACGACUUACACUCCAGGGGGCCUGCUGUACCAGACCGACGGCUCCAACAUGCAGGCUGUGACAACGGCCGCAUUCCUACUCACAAACUACGCUAGAUCCCUUGCAACGGCAAAAAAAACUAUCCAAUGCGGAGGCAGCCAGAUCACACCCGCCCAACUCACCACAGUUGCACAAAACCAGGUAGAUUACAUCCUCGGAAACAACCCCAAAAAGAUGUCCUACAUGGUGGGUUUCGGAAGCAAAUAUCCAACACAACCUCACCACCGGGCGUCGUCGUUGCCCUCCACAUCGGCUCUAUCACAGAAAAUUGGAUGCGGCCAAGGUUUCACUUAUUACAGCAGCAAAAACCCCAACCCCAACUUGGCCAUGGGCGCAAUCGUUGGCGGUCCAGACAAGAACGACAACUUCAACGACGUCAGAAGCAACUACGCCGCGCUGGAGCCCACAACUUACAUCAAUGCACCCAUUGUUGGAAUCUUAGCUGUUCUUGCAACCAAUCGCACUUCCACCACCACCACAACAGCCUCUGCCCAACUGCCGAUUGCCCUUCAACGCUUCUAGGAUCCCAUGCAAACAUUCCUCAACACUGGUUUCACUUCGCUGUGAUGGAUCUGAUCUCGAAAUUAAAAAAACAGUCAAGUUGGCUUGACUAAUAGCAUCAAAUCACACAAUAAAAACAGCAACCUCGUAUCUCUCUCGCUUAUAUAUAUAUAUAUAUAUAUAUAUAUAAAUACGUUUCAUUCUCGCUAGUUUCUCGGUUUGUGAACGCUCCGAGGAAGUGUUUCUCAACUAGCCUUGCAGUAGUUAGUGGUACCUAAGUUGAGAUUUUUAUAUUCCUUACUCUGAUUUUAUAAUAUUGCGGCAUUAUAAAAGUAAUUUUUUAUGCGAACAAUUUGCACCUACUCCUGAUCCUGUUCAUGCUGAACAUCACACUGCUCAGAGAACUGGUUUCAACAAGACAUGUGCAAUCUUUUGCGAAAUAGAUUGAUUUAGUGAUGUUGCUAA